AUGGCACCCCGGAAGCGCACGUACGAUGACGGCGGCGAUACAAGUGAGGAGGUUGUCAAAGCUACUUCGGCCUUGCGCCCGGAGUCUUCUCGGAAAAAGGCACGAGUAUCCAUCAACGUUCAAGACAAGGACCAAGGACCAGUUGAUGACGAGAGUCUGGCCUCUGAAGACGGGGAGGAAGAUGAAGAGCUAUCAAAUGCGCCCCAGUCCCCACCACAGACCCAAUACGAGUUCGAACGCGAUGCCGGCUUCCACCACCUAGACAACAUCGAGUACGACGACUUCCGAGCAACCCAGGCCAUCAGAAGGCAAAGGGAGAAACAAGUUGGCCAAAAUGCGGCAGCCGAGUCCGGCAUUAUUGAAUCUGUUACAUGUAUCAACUUCAUGUGCCACACCCGACUUCACGUUGAGCUCGGCCCAUUGAUCAACUUCGUUGUUGGCGAAAAUGGCAGCGGCAAAAGUGCCGUGCUGACAGCUAUCACGCUUUGCCUGGGUGGCAAGGCCAGUGAUACAAAUCGUGGAGGUAGCUUGCGUUCUUUCGUCCGAGCAGGGCAGGAGCAUGGCCAACUCAUCGUCAGGAUAAAAAAUGCUGGAACAGACUCGUACCAGCCUGACCUCUACGGCGACACAAUCACAAUCGAGCGAUACUUUUCCAAAUCCGGGACCAGUGGCUUCAAAAUCAAAUCAGCGGCGGAGAAGGUGAUCUCGACAAAGAAGCAGGAAGUGGACGAAAUCUCAGAAUGGUAUGCACUACAAAUCAGCAAUCCUCUGACAGUCCUCUCCCAGGACAAUGCUCGGCAAUUCCUCAACUCUGCAAGCCCUGCACAGAAGUACAAGUAUUUCAUCUCCGGCGUGCAGCUCGAGCAAUUGGACAAUGAUUACAAGAUGUCAAGAGACACGCUAGAUCGAACGGAACAGCUCAGCGAUGAGCUCAAGGACAGAAUCGCCGUUUUGAAGAAGGAUAUGGACGAAGCUCUAAGGCAAGCCGAGCUAGCCAAACAGAACGGCGAUCUGCGCGCCAAGGCACGAUUCCUUCGAAGUCAACUUGCUUGGGUUCAGGUGCUGGAGCAGGAGAACAUACUCAAGCAAAAGAUUGAGAUUCUAGCUGAACGCGAGCAGCGAGUGCUUGAAACUGAGCAAGCACGUGAUGCGAAUUCUCAAAACCUUGAGGACUUGGACCAGCAGAUUGCCAGGGCGGAGCAGGUCAGAGAAGAAGUUGUGGCAGAGGGGGCCACCUUCUCGCAAAAGGUUGCAGCGGCAGAGGAAAUCCUCGAAAAAGCUAAGAAGGAGCUAGCUGAUAUACAUCAAGAGGAAAGAGCAGCGCACACCCGCCUAAAGAACGCAGGGCAGAACGUAACCAAAACGAAAGACCUCAUCCAACAAGAGGAGGAGCGUCUCAGCGAAUCUACGGGCCCCGAGAGGGCGCAAAAAGACUCGGAACUCAACAAUGCGAAGACAAGAGAGGAGGAUAUGCGCAAACAACAAUCGCUGGCAAAUGCACGUGUGCCCGCCCUGAAAGAAGCUGUCAACGUCACGGAGCGCACAUUUCAAGAGGCAGACAAGCUUUAUAACGCCAAGAAAAAAGAAACUCUUGAAGCCAAAGCUCAUCUCAAGGCCCUCAGGGAAAAUUCCGGUGGUGCAAUGGAUGGCUACUCCGACGCGAUGAAAAGAAUCGUCGAUGCAAUCCACAAAGAUGGCACGUUCGCUCACAAGCCGGUUGGGCCCCUGGGCUCACUCAUACGACUAAAGCAGCCAGAGUGGUCAAAGAUUUUGGAGAAGACAUUAGGCGAUACUCUGAACGGCUUUGUUGUGCGAAGCAAGGGUGACCAAACCAAGCUAAGCAAACUCAUCGGCCGUUACACCGAUAAGUCACCCCCUAUUUUCAUAUCGAAUCAAGGUCAUCUGGACACUGCAACCAACGAGCCCGACGAGGAUUUCGACACAAUUCUACGCAUCAUGGAGUUCGAUGAUGAUACGGUCCGGACCCAGUUGAUCAUGAACGCGUCAGUAGAGAAAAUCAUCUUGGUGAAGGACCGUGUUCGUGCCCAACAAGUCAUGUUCAACCAGGCUCCCCCGCGCAACGUAGGCGCAUGCAUUUGUUUGCACGAUGGCGCCAACAAACGAAAUCAUGGUCUUCGAUUAACGAAUCGCGGAGGCAACAAGAGCACAAGUCCAAUCAGCCCACCUGAGAACAGACCCGGACCCAUAGUCAGCGGCCAGCCACGCAUGCGCACAGAUAUAAAACGCCAAGUCGCUCUACAGCAGGAGACAAUAGACCAGUUGGGCCAUGAUCUGAUCGCUAUGACUCACAGCCAGAAAGGUGCGAAGAAAGCACUAGAAAAUGCGAGGAACGAGGAAACAGACAACAGUCAGGCGAUUCAGAGCUUGGCACGAGAGAUCCGCCAAGCACAGGCUGACAUUCAGCGCAUAGAAGAGGAGUUGGACCAAUUCGAGGGCGCUGACGAUCGACUGGAGACCCUCAGGGCCACUCUUCGAGAGCACAAUGAGGAAGCUGAGCAGGUCGGCAUGCAAUACGGCAAUAUGAGACUUCAAAAGGAAACUCUGUCCGGCAAAGUUCAGGAGGAAAAGAAGAAAGUUGAAGCGUUGAAGGAAGAAGGCAAAGACUUCCAAGCUCGCGUCAACAAAGCAGAAGGCAAGGUUCGCGGCCUGAAUGAUGCCCGAAAGGUAGCUGUUUCAUCGAAGAACGCUGCCUACGACCAGGCUGCCAUGGCAGUACAGGAACGUGACCGGGCCGAGGUCAAGCGUCAACAAUAUGUCAAUCAGGUUGCUGAAUACACAGAGGAGGCCGAGAAGGUGUGCCAGGAGCGGCCUCCUAUACCUGAUGGCGAAACCCGUCAAAAUUUGGAGAAGCGUUUCAAGAAGAUCAAGGAACAGCUUGCCGCUCGAGAGAAGCGUUUUGGAGGUUCUGACGAGGAGCUUUUUGCGCGUCGCGAUGAGGCUGUGAAGCGAUAUGAGGAUAUCAAGACCCAGACUCAAGAUGUGGAGGAGACCAUUGUCUCUUUGAAGAGAGCCAUGGGCCGACGUCUUGAAAUCUGGCGACAAUUCCAACGGCAAAUCAGUGCGCGUGUACGCAAUCAGUUCACCAUUGUGCUCAGUGAACGCGGGUUCCGUGGCGGCAUCGAACUCGAUCACAAAAAUCGGAGAAUACACCUCAGGGUCGAGCCCGAUGAAACGCGCAAAAGCGAUGCUGGGCGCAACACAAAGACAUUGUCCGGAGGUGAAAAGUCGUUCACGUCCAUAUGUAUGCUUCUUGCCAUAUGGGAGGCCGUUUCAUCACCCAUUCGAUGCCUGGACGAGUUUGAUGUUUUCAUGGACAAUGUCAACCGGGCGAUGAGCACUAACUUACUGUGUGACGCUGCCCGCCGGUCAGUGUCCCGUCAGUACAUACUCAUUACACCUAAUGCUAUUGAGGGUCGCGCAAGGAUGGAUAAGGAUGUCAACAUUAUCCGGCUGACGGACCCUCGUCAACAGAGGCUGAUCUAG